CGGUGAUUCCUGUGGCUCUCGGGGUGUAGGUGCGUCGCGGUGCCUCUCCGCUGCGCUGCCGCCGUUGCUGCUGCAGGGGGAGCAUCCGUCCAUCCUCGGCGUGCUGCCGUGUGCUGUGAUGUGCGGCGGCCGCCUCAUUAUCAGCCUCUCCUCCUUUUUCUCCCCUUUAUCUCAUUUCACUUCCACCCAGACCGCCGCGGAACGGAUCCGUCGUAACCGGACAGAGCUAUGCGCAGUAGGGAGGUGACACGUCUCGGAGCGCGUCUUAAAUGAGAUGGAACGGGAGCCCGCAUGUUUACAUCACUGUCUGCUUGGUUUCUGGAGAUGCUGGUCUCAACAAAGAUUAGUCCUUCACUGACUGGAUCGAGCAAGUGAGAUUUCACAAUGCGGUCCUUGAGGAAGACAGUGCUGCUGGCCAUUCUGGUGUCUGUGGUGGUUGUGCUGGCUCUCCUCCACUCGUGGCCCACUCGGGCUUACAACACGGUGGACGUGUGGCAGCGGCCAAUAGUGGAAAGGCAUCUGGAGGAGAGACUCCCAGAACCGGACCAUCAGUUAAGCAGCAUCCCCUUUCGCGUCAGGGAAAGCGUAGCAGGCUUGCUUGCACGUAAUGGGUGUAUUUGUGAGGGUGAGAGUGCAGGCGUGAACCUGCCCUUCGCCCAGCUCCUGUUCCCACGGGUGUCAGCCCAUCCUCUGCACACGGUCUUCGAUGCCUCCGAGCUUGAGGAAAUGAAGAUAAGACGGGCUAAAGAGUACAGAAGUUUCCAGCAAAGAUCCAAGACUGCUGCAGACAUGCUCAUCAUCGCAGAAGCCAACAAUCCCUUACAGUAUCCAACACAGGGGCUGGAAGUGCGGCCCCUGAAAACAGUCAUCAUCCCAGGCUUGGCCCUACACGACCUCCCCAGAGACCAUUACACAAUAAACAUCACUGCCACACUUGGAACCCUAAACGUAGCAGCAGAAGUGGAGGGAGUGAAAAUAAAAGGGGAUGGAGAGAUGCAUAUGACUCUGUCCAGCAGUUUGCUGCUGAAUAUGAACCGACAGCUGCAGUUUGUCACCUACACAAACACGUUGUUUCACCCCAGCACUGCAGAUACAGUGCAGUUUGAGACAGAAGGCCAUCAAGCCAUCUUCAGCAUCAAGAUCCGUCAUGGAGUAACUCCAAAACUUUACAACACUGGAUCUAAGGAAGAGUACAACGUCAGCGCUCUGGUUACCGUAGCCACAAAGACCUUCCUGCGUUAUGACAAGCUUCAAAACCUCAUCGACAGCAUCAGAAGAUACUACCCUACAGUCACGAUAGUAAUCGCUGACGAUAGUGAGAACCCUAAAACCAUUUCCGGGCCUUACAUCGAGCACUACAUCAUGCCCUUUGGGAAGGGUUGGUUUGCUGGACGAAACCUGGCAGUUUCCCAGGUUACGACCAAAUAUGUGCUUUGGGUGGACGACGACUUCUUCUUCACGGCCAAUACCAAGCUGGAGAAGCUUGUGGACGUUUUAGAGAAGACCACCCUGGAUCUGGUUGGGGGUGCAGUGCAAGAAGCCACGGGCUACACAGCUACCUACAGACAAACCAUCUCCAUCGAGCCAGGAGAGGAGGACGGAGAUUGUUUGCACAUGAGAAGAGGAUAUCAUCAUGUAAUGGAGGGAUUUCCUAACUGUGUUGUGACGGAUGGGGUCAUUAAUUUCUUCUUGGCUCGCACAGAUAAAGUCCAGCAGGUUGGCUUCGACCCUCGCCUCGCCAGGGUAGCUCACCUGGGUGAGUACAGUAAACGCACUGAGAUCAGAUUUCAUGGCUUGUUUGUAAUGAUUAUGUAGAAGAUGAACCUGGUAUUCAGCCAGACACUGUUGCUAAGCUUACAAGGUUUAUUGAGAUGGUGAAGGGUCAGGCAGGCAGACAGAAAAUAAUCCACAUCGGGGGAGAAGAGCUGACAUCCAACCAAGGCAAAAUACUGAACGGGGGACAGGCAAUAGGUCAAACAGGCAGAUACACAGAAUGCUGGCGAGCUUGUACCGGGAGAUAGGCGGAUGAGAAAAAGCGUGAAACAUGUGCGACGUUCUGGCAGGGAGCAGAGAACUGAGGCAGAUAUAAAUAAACUUAUUAAUCAGAACAGGUGGAAGUGAUCAAGAACGGGGGGAGUGACUGAGGGAGAUGACAGGACCAGUGGAAGGGAACAGAAUCUACACAAGGUAAACACAGAACCAGAAUAACAUAAAAACCUAAGAUAGAAAAUAAAGCAGAAACUAGCAGAGCACAUGAUGAAAACCAGAACUAAUACAGGGACAAGAUAACAAAAACAGUACACAAGCUAAAUAAGCAUCCAGACAACACAGAACCCAAAACAGAACCUGAGGCAGGAGACGAGACUAAUUGAUCAAAUAAUAAACAAAAGCCAAGACAGAAUCCAGAAUAUUAAAUUUUUGUGCUUUUCUGCAUCAUUCACACAACAUCUGAAGACAUGCUGACUAGAAAGAGAGAUCACCUAAUGUUCUCUCGGCUCACUCGACAAAAAGAAGACAUAGUCUGUUCGCUGAUAUUUUUAGAAAAGCUGCGAGGCAACAGCAGCGUGGGCCGUCCGUUUCUUGUUAUUUUAGUUUUCUGAGAAUCUGAAUUAUUUUCACACAUAAAUUUAACUGUGAAAUCAUCUCUGUAGCAUUAAUCCCGUGAUGG